GUGAUUCACAAAUGGCAAUGCUUUGAAUAUUAGUAUCAUAAUACAUUGCAUGAAGCGUAGACGCUUCUUAUCAAAAAGUGUGGCCAUUUUGUAAUUAACACUAUGAUAUGUUUAAUAAACGUAUAACAUAUGUAUAGUGAAGAAUAAACUUUUGUAAUGAAAUCAUAACAUUUGCAAAAUGGAAAUACAAAAUCAAAUUUACCUAAUAAUAGCUGUAUUUGGUGCCGUGUCAACACUUCUACUUAUAUUCUUAGUUAUCUUAUAUAUUUAUGUGAUCAAUAUUAAAAAGCUUGUGGUUGUUAAAGAACCUACAAGGAAGAAUGAAAACUACGGAUUCAAUCAGGAUGUAAAAACUCGUAAUAUAACGGAUGAUUCUGGGCCAAUUGAUUUGGAAGUUGCUCGUAAGCCACCGAUCAAAAGCAAUCUCACUAAGCAGCACAACGAAAACAUUGGCAGACAAAACAAAGAUGUUCGCAAAGAGAAACGACUGGCAGGAGGCCAUGGACGUGGUGAUCGAAACCGCCAACCAUCCGAAAGCGGAGAUACAUCUGGACGUGACUUCGAUAGUGCCUUCGAUAACGAGAUCAACAAUAUGUUUGAUAUCGAUUAUUAUGAUGAUCAGGAUAGCGUUGGUAGUGCACGCUACAACCAAACAGGUCGCCAACAGACCGCUGCACCAUCUUCAGGCGUAAUGAUGAAUGGCGGCGAUCGCAACAGAAAUUUAGGCCAAGGAAGUAAUAAUGCGAACCGCCAAUCAAACAAUCAACAGCAUAAAAGCAGGCAAGCGGGUAGAGGCGGUUUCCAAAGUUCUGCACACGAAGGAAGAACGUACUUUAAUGAAAUGAGCAUGCGUUAUUAAUUUUGUAUCCCAUGGAAAUAAAACCAGUAACGUGUCAAUAUAAAGCAUGAGUGAUAUGAAACAUA